CUAUUUCAUUGAUAUGGCAAUACGGUAUCUAUUUUUUAAUUUGUGUAAAUAUACAGAGUUGUUGUGAUAUUUAUUUAAUAGAAGAAUUAGGAAAAAAUGGAGUUGGACUGGCAAAAUGAUUUUCAGCAAAUAAAAGAGCGAGGACUUUAUUUACUGCAGUCGGAAAAGUGGUCUGAUUGUAAAUUUCUUGUUGGGGCUUCCCCAAAUCAACGCAUACUUUGUGGACACAAACUAAUAUUAGCCAUGUCUUCACCUGUUUUUGAACGAAUGUUCUAUGGUAACCUUCCGGAUGAGAGUGAUCCUAUUUUAAUACCUGAUGUACAGCCCGAUGCCUUUCAAGCUAUGUUGGAGUAUAUAUAUUCAGAUGACAUUAGUAUAAGCUCCUUCGAAGAGGCCUGUGACUUGUAUUACGUUGCAAAGAAGUAUAUGCUGCCUUAUGUAGUAGAGCAGUGCACGGAUUUUCUCUGUGCAGAUUUAAAUCCCGAAAAUGCUUGCCGUGCAUAUGAAUUUGCUAAAUUAUUUGACGAACCACGUUUAAUGCAGAGUAGUAUGAGUAUUAUAGUAGCCAAUACACGCAAUGUGCUAGCUGAUCCCAGUUUUGUUGAUAUAGAAAUAUCAACAUUAAUGGCUAUUCUUGAUCAAGACCGAUUGAAUGUUACGUCUGAGUUGGAACUUUUUAAUGCUUUAGUAAAAUAUGCUUCUGAGCGCGCACUUUUUGUUGAAAAUGAAGGAAUGCCGAUGGCGCCAUCCUCAUCGUUAGAUAAGGGAGCAUUGCAACACUCUUUUGAUUUAGAUAACGCAUCCGAAGUUGUAGAGAUUAAAAUGGAGCCAGACGAUACCAGUCUUGUUCAGAGUAGACAAGAAAGCUCUGAUACGUCGCAUUUAGUGGAAGACGUGGUUGUCGUAGAAAAUGAUACUUCCACUACGUAUGAAGAAAAAAAUAGGCAUAAAAAUGCUGCACCGACAGACAUAAGUAUGAUUGCGUCAUUUUCUUGUUCAAAUAAUGAAAUUGAUGAAAGGCUUAUACGCCAAGCGGUUCAGAAGAUACGUUUUCUUACACUCACACCUCAGCAAUUUGCUGAAGGUCCUGCGCGUUCAAAGCUUCUCAACCAGAAUGAAGCUCUAGCAAUUCUUAUUAAAAUUUUAAGUCCAACUAUUAAUGAUUGUCCAAUGCCCGAAGGUUUCUGCAGCUCGACAAUAAGCCGUAAAUAUAUUGAACCGCGAAGGCAACGAGAUCAUCUUCACCAGACGAUUCGUAUGAGCGAUACUUGCGGAGUUUUCAAUCAGACAUCUACCAAUAAUGUAAGUACUAUCCAAGGCUGCCAUGACUCUGAUUUAACUACAAACGACACUCGACGUUCAUACUGCGUUCGAACGCUAAAUCAGCAAUUGACUAUAGAAAUACUAGUGUUAACAGGUGUUCAAGUGCCAACUCAGGUCCUUUGUGGAGAGCUAAUGAAUUCGGCUGGUUUUUCCGAGAGAUAUACGGAAAUUCUUUAUGCACAUAUUCAAGAUAUCCAAGGAUCAAGACUUCUGUACACACACUGUACGUCACGUUUAGAUAUGAUUCAUUGCGAGAAAUAACGUUUGACCGGCCAGUUUAUGUAUAUCGAAAUUUAAUAUAUAAGGUGUAUGUAGUUUUCAACAAAGUUGGGUGGUAUCCAAUGUACACUUGCGUACCAGAUGUGGUCUGUAACAGGGUUAAAUUUAUGUUCAAUGUCGGCAAUCCAAGUGAAUCUGUUAGAGACGGAUUAAUUCGAGCAAUAGUUUUUUUUACACCUCAAGAACAGUCGAGAUGUCUUAUGGAAUACAUUUUUUUUUCAUUUUAUAUACGUGGCUAGCAAUAUAUUUAUGAUUUCGUUUUUAAUACAGUUGUUGCAUGCCUAUUUCGAUUCAA